AGCUCUUCAUUUCAUGUAUUGAUUACUUGACUUCACUCUCUUCCUUUCCUCCCCUAAUAUUCUAGUUCUAGUACUUAUAAAAAGAGUCAAUGAAUACAAAAUUUUAAACUAUUUUUUAUUCUUUGAUCCAUGAAAAUGGCACGAGCUAGUAAGCUUGUUCUAAUGCUCUUGCUCCCUGCAUGGAUGACACUUCUGUGCACAUCUGCAUCCGGGCAUGGCAACAGUUAUGUUCGAGAUGCUUGUAGUGUCACCCAUUACCCUGAUGUCUGCAUUCACUCACUCGCACCAUUUUCACAAACAGCCAAACGAAACCCUACUACAUGGGCACGUGCUGGGGUUUCGGUGAGUGUAGGUGAAGCAAAAAUUGUUGUUCAAUACUUGAUAAAGUUGAAGAGAUACGGCUCUAUGAGGGGAAGAAACCAAGUUGCUCUCUUAGACUGCAUCGAUUGCUUUCAGAACACCCUCGACAACCUUCACAAGUCACUUGGUGUGAUUAGAAAACUCAAUAGCAAAGCAUUUGUCACGCAAAUGGAUGAUAUUACUACGUGGUUGAGCGCUGCAAUGACUGAUGAAGAUACUUGUUUGGGUGGCUUCAAUGGUCAGAAGGAAAAACAAGUUAGGUUAUUGUGUAAUAAGGUUUUGAAUAUGAGUUAUAUCACUAGUAAUGCACUGGCUCUUGUUAACAAACUAGCAACCAUUGGUCCAGGAAGCCUAAUAAGUACUGAUCUUCCAUAGAUGUCUUUUAGAAAAGGGUGUCUUUGAUGAUCAGAAUAUAGGGUAUUGUUGUUGCGUGAAAAUUGGGGAUUUGGGAUGGUUUAUAUUUCCCUCACAAUGUGAUGGAAUUGUAUGAAAGAAUAAAAGCCCUAUGCAGCUUGUUUGGUUUCGUUUUUCUGAAAACGGUUUUUAGAAAAUUUCACUUUUUUAUUUUU